AUGGAAUUGAAUAUUGAAGAAAUUUCAGCGAACCACAGUUUUGUCUUGUUAUGGUGUAAAAGCACCGAUGGUUCGGAAAGAAGGUCCAUCAAUGGUGAUUUUAUUCAUGCGAAUGUUGAUAUUGAUUCAAUCAUUUCGGAGGAGUCUGAAUAUGGUUCUAUUGAAAAGCCUGUGAAAAUUCUAUUUGUUGGAAAAGGUAGCACAAUUCGUCCUGACUGGUUGAUAGUUGGUUCCCAAUUGACCAACAUUAAUUUCAAUACCGACAUAUACAGUGGAUAUUUCGCAUCCAAUCAAACAACAACCAGUUGCACGGAGAAAAUAGAAGCUUUGAGACCAAAGUCUCCACCUUCAAAGGACAAGGUCACGGAACGAGGUCGUUGUGCUUUCAAUUGUAGAAGUCGUGGAAAAAAAAGAUUAAAUUCAGGUGCAUCAAUGUCGAUUCAAAUUUGA